AUGGCAGAUUGUAAUGCCACAAAACAUCCGAUGGAACCCAAGACACAACUGCAUAAAGACUUGGAAGGGACUCCAGUUGAUGCCACAGAGUACAGACGCGUCAUUGGUUGCCUGAGAUAUUUGCUACACACACGACCAGACUUGUCAUAUCCUGUCGGGAUGGCAAGCAGAUACAUGGAAAGACCUACAAUCAUGCAUCACAAAGUGGUCAAACAAAUUCUCAGGUAUUUGAAAGGUACAAUCUAUUUUGGACUUACUUACAUAAAGGGACCCCCGGAAAUUAGUAUAUUCGGCUACUCGGACAGUGAUUUAGCCGGUGAUCUCGAUGGGAGGAAAAGCACAAGUGGAAUGACUUUCUAUUUUAAUGAAAGCUUAGUGUCCUGGAAUUCACAGAAGCAGAAGACAGUGGCACUUUCAUCUUGUGAGGCAGAAUUCAUCGCAGCCACAACUGCGGCCUGUCAUGCUUUGUGGUUGAGGAGUCUUACUAGCGAAUUAACCGGUGAAAAGCCAAAGCCGGUAACUUUGUUUGUUGACAACAAAUCUGCUAUAGCACUCAUGAAGAAUCCGGUAUUCCGUGGUCGAAGCAAGCAUAUAGACACAAGGUUUCACUUUAUCAGAGAAUGUGUUGAGAAGGGACAAAUUGUGGUUGAGUUCGUUAAUACCGGAGAACAGCGAGCGGAUGUUUUAACUAAAGCAUUGCCAGGAGUGAAGUUAGCUACUAUGCGACAACUACUCGGCAUCCGAGACUUAGAGUCAUGUCAGGAUUAG